GCCGAGGACACUUCCUUCCUCGGGUGCCCAAAUAUUCCCCAUUCUACCUUUGGAGAGGCCGGCUGCUAGCCUUGGUUUCUCCAUCGCUUUGCCUGCCCCUCCUUACCUGCCGAUUGCAUACGAACUUUGCUCCUUUCUGCACAUCGUUGUCGUCGGAGUCGUCGAGAUCGUCGGGGUGCUCCUGUGAUGGCUUUCGUCCGUUUAGAAUAGUGUAGUUAGUUAGGGACCAUCGAAGAAGAAAGAAGACGCGAUUUGCGCGGAGAUGCUGGAGGUGGUCAGUUACUAAACCAGAAUAAGAAAGCAGAACAUCAGCCAAACCUAACCGGGGGGGGCGCACGGUUGCCCUCAGGAGGUCGACUUGCCGGCGCUUUCCCUCGCGCCGAGCUCCCUCCGUCCGUCCUUCUCUCCCACCGCUGAAAAGCGAGGUUGCGGCGCGCAGCGCAGCGCACCGACUGCUGCGGACUCCGCUGGGCGAUUGCAGCCGAGUCCGUUUCUCGUCUAGCUGUGCCGCCGCGGCGACCGGUGCCUGGUCUUCCUCCCGGACGCUAGUGGGUUAUCACCAAAUACCUGCGAGCAUAGGCCAACCAGCACCAUCCUUCCAAAUUUAAUUGUUAUGAAUCCAAUCUGUUAUUAAUUUCCCUAUUAUCAAUUUUAAACUCUGGUUGCUUAAGCCUGAAGCAAUCAUGGUGAACCUGAAGAAUAUGGUGCACUCGUUCCUUGUGCACCUCAUUGGCCUAUUGGUUUGGCAACUUGAUAUUUCCAUUAACCCAGUAGCUGCUGUAGUAACUGACAUUUUCAAUGCCUCCGAUGGUGGACGCUUGUUUAAUUUCCCAGACGGGGUACAAAAUUGGCCAGCACUUUCAAUCGUCGUAAUAAUAAUCAUGACAAUAGGUGGCAAUAUCCUUGUGAUCAUGGCAGUAAGCAUGGAAAAGAAACUGCACAAUGCCACCAAUUACUUUUUAAUGUCCCUAGCCAUUGCUGACAUGCUGGUGGGACUACUUGUCAUGCCCCUGUCUCUGCUUGCAAUCCUUUAUGAUUAUGUCUGGCCACUACCUAGGUAUUUGUGCCCCGUCUGGAUUGCUUUGGAUGUUUUAUUUUCUACGGCGUCCAUCAUGCACCUCUGCGCUAUAUCGCUGGAUCGGUAUGUAGCAAUACGUAAUCCUAUUGAGCAUAGCCGUUUCAAUUCGCGGACUAAGGCCAUCAUGAAGAUUGCUAUUGUUUGGGCAAUUUCGAUAGGUGUCUCAGUUCCUAUCCCCGUGAUCGGGCUGAGGGAUGAGGAGAAAGUGUUCGUGAAUAAUACGACGUGCGUGCUCAACGACCCGAAUUUCGUUCUCAUCGGCUCUUUCGUGGCAUUCUUUAUCCCGCUAACGAUUAUGGUGAUCACGUACUUCCUGACGAUCUACGUUCUGCGCCGACAAGCUCUGAUGCUCCUGCGAGGCCACACCGAGGAGGAGCUGCCUGGUAUCAGCCUGAACUUUCUGAAGUGCUGCAAGAAGAAUACUGAAGAAGAGAACCCCGCAAACCCCAGCCAAGAUCCGAACCCACGCAAACGGAAGAAGAAAACCAAACGUCCCAGGGGCACCAUGCAGGCGAUCAACAAUGAAAGGAAAGCUUCCAAAGUCCUUGGCAUUGUAUUCUUUGUCUUCCUGGUUAUGUGGUGCCCCUUUUUCAUUACCAAUAUUCUGUCGGUUCUGUGUGGAAAAGCCUGUAACCAAAAGCUCAUGGAAAAAUUGCUGAAUGUGUUUGUCUGGAUUGGCUAUGUUUGCUCGGGAAUCAAUCCUCUGGUGUACACUCUCUUCAACAAAAUUUACCGAAGGGCUUUCUCCAACUAUUUGCGUUGCAAUUAUAAGCCUGAGAAAAAGCCUCCUGUCAGACAGAUUCCUAGGGUGGCUGCCACUGCUUUGUCUGGGAGGGAGCUUAAUGUGAACAUUUAUCGCCAUACCAAUGAACCUGUGAUUAGAAAAGCUAAUGACAACGAGCCUGGUAUAGAGAUGCAGGUGGAGAAUUUAGAGCUCCCAGUAAACCCCUCCAAUGUGGUUAGUGAAAGGAUUAGUAGUGUGUAAGCCCAGCAGCACAGUCCUCUUAGAGGCAAGCUACACUGUAAGAAAAUUUUAUCCUUUCCCUUUCCUGUCUGCCAUAACUAAUGUAAAUACUGCUGUGUGGAAAAGUGUUUUUAUAUAUAGCUUUGCAACCCUGUACUUUACAAUCACGCAUACACCAGUGAGAUUUAGAGUUCUAUAUUUGCUGUUUAUAAUAGAUGGAAACUAAGUUAUUUUGAUUCCUCGAUGACUAGUGUUUGUCUUUCCUCUCCCUCCCCUCCUCCCUCCCUCCCUUCCUUCCUCCUUGUUUUCUUUUCUUCCUUCCUGUCACUGUUUUCUUUUUGGGGGGAUGGUAUGUGGAAAUGUUGAUGUUCAUCUCAGGUGGCAUUUGCAGGAGACCAGAAUGAUACACAUGACAGUGGUUACAAUUCAAACCACACUAAAAUUGACAGUCAGUGGCAUCUUUUCCAGGUUAAUGGUAAAUAUGGACUUUAAAUUUUCUCUCCGCUCAUCUAUACAUGUAAAUUCAGUAAGAUAGGUUCUGCCUAGUGAACAUCAUCCAUCAGUGAUACAAAGGCAGAUCUUAGCCUCGUUAUCACACAUGGGGCAAAAUUUGACAUUGUCAGAAUGUUGUGUCGGUAUUUUGCUGCAAUGUCUGUCCCCAAACAUAGUGGUAUUUUAACAUAGCAGCUUGUUAACCAGGACUACAGAAGUGGAAGGAUGAUAAAGAGAUAUAUACACCAAAAAAGCUUUUCACUUCUUAAGGACAAUGUUCAAAUUCUGAUUAUGACAACAAUCAAACUGGAAUUAGUGUUUUCAUUCUGGUCCUUAGUAAAUACCUAAUUCCAUGACUAAACUGGGAAAUGAAAUCCCAGAGUUAUUUCCCAAUUCCAGGAUUCAACAUCAAUUGGGUUUUGAUCUCAGAAUUCUGGAAAUUUGUGUGCUACACACAGAGUGAAAUUUACAUUUGAGCCUUAUUAAAAUAUUUUCUUAAUUGUGGUACCUCUGUCUAUAGGACCUAAUUUAGCAGUCCAUUCUUAAGUAAAACUAGUAUCAGGAGGGUAGAUGACCGACUGAAAGCUUGGAAGUUUUACUUGAUUAAGGACUACCGACUUAGGCCCUUAGAAUGUGAAAAAGAUAAUUCAAAAGAAGCUUUUACUGAACUCUGGGACUAACAGACACACAGAGUUCCCAUUUGGAUUUUAAACAAAAUUUAUCUCAUUUGCAGAUCCUUCCAAACUCUCUAGUGCAGGAAAAGGCUGCAGCUAAUUUGUGAAAGUGGCAAGCUCUUCAUUGUGCUGCAAUUAUGUACCAGAAGUUUAAAUGCUCGUUAAAAAAUCGUGUUGUGUUAGAAUAAGUGUUGGCCAUCAUUUCAUUUGUGGGCCUGCUGCUCUCUAAGAAUUCAGUGCCAUUUUAAUAGUUUGUAAACCAUGAAAGGUUUUCAAACCUUGCUAAAGUCCGGCCAUUGAGCCUAUACUGUGUGCAGAGUAUACAUGUGUUCUCAGUAACUGUGUUUCCAUCUGUGUCCAUUUCACACAACUGUGGAUAAAUUUCUGAAGAAUUCAUGAUGCUAUUAUGCCUAACAGUUACUUGCACAUGUUGGAGUGUACCUCUUAGUAUCUUAAAAUUGGUGAAUGAAGAAUCUGAAUUUUUCAAAUCCCUGGUAUGUUUCCUCAACACACAGCAUAGGUAAAUCCAACCAUCUGCCAUGGGAGCAGUGGGAGAGUGGCUGUAUUUGAGGAAACUCAGUCUCUGUUUGACUUACAACACUGCCAAAUGUCAGUCAAUUGCUUGAGCAUGCCCAAAUAUAACUUGGAAGUAAAGUCUACCUGCCUGUUAGGUCAGUUGAACUGCAUGUUAAAACAAUUCUCUGAAAAUGAAGAGAUGUUCUAAUUCUUACUGAAAUGAAAAUGUCUGAAGAAACCCAGCAUGCAUACAGCAUGAGUUCUCAACAUACAGAUGGUGCUCUGCAUGUACGCCACGUAUGUUGCAUGAAUCCACCAAUUUGUAUUAAUGUAGGGCAGAGUAGCUGAUAUCAAAAAGAGGGCUGGAGAAAAUCCCUCAGCAGUCUUUAAAAGACAUUCAGAUCUGAAGAAUUGUAUUAGAGAAAAUUGGAAACAUCUGAUUUCUUUCUCAAUUAUCAGGGCAAGCUCAUAGCACAUGUUUUACAGAGAAAUAAAAUAUAAACCACGGAUUUCCAAAAGCACUAGCAAUAAGUUGAAUGAUAAUAGCUUACAGCACAUUUGCUAAUAAUUCUUAUGUCAUCAAGUAGUAGUACUUAAUAGUACCCAAUACAGUAAUUUCUUCAACUUGUGUGCUAUUCGUAAGUUCUGUGCAGUUUGGUAUGAAACAAAAAUACCCAUUUGGAUAUCAAUCUUACACUUCAAUGUUAAAUCUAUAAACUUUUAUAAAUGUUUUAAAACACUCCAUGUGAUAAAUGUAAAAGUGGUGAAUUUACUGUCAAAUCAUUUUGAUGUACUAUUAUAUAUGUGUAUCUGUUUAAGACACGUGCAACAGACUGCCUUAUAUUAUUUCCUGUAAUUUUCCUCCUUUGUCAAAUGGUACCUUUUGUGAAUGGUUGUGAAGUGUUGUCUUAUUCCCAAUUCCUGUAUGUUCCACUCCAGGUUUUUGUGAUACUUCCUAUUAAUUUAUUAAAUUUAUUAAAUGUUGGCUACCA